ACCCUCACACAGUGUKCCCUGGCGUAGUACGAGAAGCUCCGUUGUGUGUUGGACUUCAWCAGUAAUUGCGAAGGUUCGAAGGUGUUUCUGUCAAUUUUUYAUAAAUGGCUCACGGAGGGAGGUACGACCAUUACGACUAUCUGUACAAGAUUGUCCUUAUCGGAGACUCUGGGGUCGGAAAGUCUUCGUUGUUAUCGCGGUUUACGAGAAAUGAAUUCGACUUGGAGUCGAAAUCUACCAUAGGUGUGGAAUUUGCUACACGAAGUAUUCAAGUUGAUGGAAAAGUUAUCAAAGCGCAGGUGUGGGAUACAGCUGGCCAGGAAAGAUAUCGUGCUAUCACAAGUGCAUACUAUCGUGGUGCCGUUGGAGCUGUACUUGUUUAUGAUUUGACAAAGCUGAAAACAUUUCAAGAUGUGGAAAGGUGGCUCAUGGAAGUUCGAGAGCAUGCUGAUCCAUCAAURGUAGUCAUGCUGGUCGGCAAUAAAUGUGAUUUGAAACAUUUGAGAGCAAUUGUUACYGAGGAUGCAAAGAAGUUUGCUGAUGAUAAUAGUCUAUCAUUUAUUGAGGCAUCUGCCCUAGAUGCAACCAAUGUUGAAGAGGCAUUUCAGCAAACUAUUACUAAAGUCCAUCAUGUUCAGUUAGCAAAGAUGAAAAAGGAACUUGACCAGAAAGGAACUAGUGACACUAGCAGCAAUAGCAAACCCACAAAUAGUAAUGUUAAUUUGAAGCAAGAAUCUUCUGGCAGAAACUGCUGUGUAAUCUUGUAAUAGUCUCUGUUAUAGCYCAUAUUAGCUUCAUCUUUGGUCAAGAUAAACUAAAUUAUGAUUUAACAGGAUUUGGCAAAUACUAAAUGUCAUUAGUUUGUACUGUGGGGUAUUUCAGCUUUUUGAACUCAAAGUUGUACUUAUGGACAUCAAAAUGUUUAUUUUGGGAAGAUACUGUAAUAGAGAGUGACYUUUCAUUGAAAAAUCUGUUAUUAGGUUUUGAGAGGAUGUUGAAUGUCAGCCAGAAGAUUCUAGCAUUUUCACCUUUAGUAGUAGAGUGGUAUUCAAGAGAGCUUCCCUGUGAACUUUCCAUUAGAUGCUGGAGCAAUGAAAUUCUGCAGAAUAAAAGAACAUCUGCAUUUGUCAUAUUCUUAAAGUGAAUAGAAAAUCACCCGUGUAUUAAAAAUACCAUUGUCAGAUAUAAUACAAAACUAUAAAUGUCAGCUUAAAACUUGGGCAUAUCAAUUUGUAUACAAUUUGCAYGCCCUAUGGUUUUUAAUAAUGCUUUURCCUCUUGCCGUAAAAACAUUGUUUGCAUAUUUAAAUUAGCKGUUUAAUGCGUCUUGGGUUCCUUAAUCUCCUUGCCAAUUGAAAUGUCUAUGCAAGUGGAUACAAGGAGCCCAUGAACAUAAGAAUUUAUAUAAUAGAAAGCUUGGAUCAGGUAGCCCUGGUUUUGGUUUGCAGUUGUUGGCCACUUAUUUGGGAAAUYGGUGCAAAUUAUAAUAUUAUCACUUAAUUUUCAGAUAUUAUUUUACAAAAAACUUUAUUGCUGUUACAAUAAUUCCCCUGGCAAAACAAAAUAUUAGCUCUAUUUUUAUCUACAGUAGGAUGUUUCUAUUAAUUAAUACGUAUGUUUUUAUGCCAGAAAUUACUGCACAUUAAUUAUCAAAGCACUGAUGAAAAUGAUUUAUAAUGAAACUAAAAUGAUUUAUAGUAGAAUAAACAUUCUAUGAAUAUGGUAAUUGUAGUUUUAUGAUAUAAAACGCUACAGAAC